AUUGACUAUAUUUACAGCCAUCCCCUCUCGUCUGACCAAGAUGUCGUUCUUCGGAGGCAGUCCGUUCAGCACCCAAGUUGGGCAGCGGAUAGAACAAGCCACAGAUGCAACCUUGGGCUCGGAGAACUGGGCCCUGAUGAUGGAAAUAUGUGACAUCAUCAAUGAAACUGAUGAAGGGCCCAAAGAUGCCAUAAAGGCCAUCAAAAGACGACUGCAGACCAAGGGGAACCACAAGGUGUUGAUGCUCACUCUUACGGUUCUGGAGACGUGCGUGAAGAACUGUGGACACAGGUUCCACGUCCUGGUGGCCAACAAGGACUUUGUGAACGAGAUGGUGAAGAUUAUCCAGCCUAAGAACAACCCCUCCACCACCCUACAGGAGCGUGUGCUCAGCCUGAUCCAGACCAUGUCAGACGCCUUCAGAAACUACCCUGACCUACAGGGGGUGGUGCAGGUGCACGAAGAGCUCAGGUCUAAAGGGGUGGAGUUUCCCAUGACAGACUUGGACAACCUGGCACCAAUUCACACACCAGAGAGGAGUGUACCUCCAGACCUGGACCCUGCCAUAGCUAGGACUAGGCCUGCCAGUGUUACAGCUGCCCCAGCCCAGCGUCCUGCCCCCCAGGCUCAGCAGCAGCCCCCCCAGCAGGGGGGACAACAGAACCCCCCUGGGUCCCCGGGGGCGAUCGGCGCCCUGCAGGGUCCCAUCAACCCCACCCCGGAGCAGCUGGGCAAGCUGCGCAGCGAGCUAGACGUGGUGGAGGGCAACACCAAGGUCAUGUCAGAGAUGCUGACUGAGAUGACACCAGGACAGGAGGACCCUGCUGAUCUGGAGCUGCUUCAUGAGUUGAACAGGACCUGUCAUGCCAUGCAGCAGAGAAUAGUGGAGCUUAUCGACAAGGUGGCCAAUGAGGAAGUUACUGGAGAGUUACUUAGAAUCAAUGAUGACCUGAAUAACGUGUUCCUGCGGUUUGAGCGCUUUGAGCGAUAUCGUACCGGCAAGACGGGCCAGCCCUCCACCGCGACCCCCGCCGUGGCCGCCACCGCUGGGGGUCCGACAACCGUAACCGGGGGGGCCCCGCCCGUCAACGCUGCACCAAUGGGAAGCUUCCCUCCUCCUCCAAGUUACAGAGAACAAUCCCCAACACCCCCUCCGGUGGCAAGCACGGCCAGCUAUCCAGUUCCAGCUGCAGCUGUAGCACCUGUAGCACCUGCACGUCAGGACGUGCCCCUCAACAUCCCAUUCCCACCUGCACACACUCAGGACCCAAACACCACCCCUCUGAUGGGGACCCUAGACAGCCUCAACCCACCACCCACCUACACUGAGUCUCAGAGUGCAGAGCCACAGACAGACACCCUUAUAGACCUGGGUCCUGACGUGAGUCCUGGAGGACCUCCCCCUCUCCAGCCUACAGCAGCAGGGUUACAGCAGCAGCUAGCAGGCCUCAGUCUGACCAGUUCCAGCAUCAGCAGCACCCUGAAUGCCACGCCCACCGUCACAGCACAGAACACGGCCGGCAAGGAUGACGAUGAGUUUGACAUGUUCGCACAGACAAGAGGGAAGUCCAUGGAGGAGUCCAGGAGAGGUGGUAGCACAUAUGAAGACAUUUCUCAUUCCGGUGAUCUCAUGAGCGGAGGCCUAGCUCGAGCUGUCAACACCAAAUCUAACCCCAACCAACCUGAUGAACCAUAUGAUGAGCAUGCACAGCCCCUAGAUGAGGUAGAAAAAUGGCUUGAGCAGAGUGACCUGCCGCCCCUACAGACCGGUGAACAGGCUGCUAGCAGGGCUUUGCCGCAAUCUCUCGUUCGCCACGGCUUGCAAUCCCCUGGUGCAGCCCAGCCACAGGAGGAAGAUGUGGAACCUGUCACCAGUGCAGAAUUUGACCGGUUUUUGGAAGAGCGAGCGAAGGCAGCGGACACCCUGCCUGAUCUGAACAGCCUCCCCGAGGUCCCAGCCCACCCCAUCAACCCAACCUCCACCGGCGCACCAGCACCUGCCAUCCCUCCCAGGAGAGGCAGGCAAAUGCAAAUGGAGGAGUCUGAGAAUACAUUAUUCGGAUUGUAGUCGAGGGUCAAACUGCUGUCCUAUCAAGGAGGGUCUUCACGAAGUCCUUUUGUGUUGUCAAGUAGAUUCUUUCCUUGCCAACUGUACAAAGUAUUUUUUCCAUAGCAAAUAAUGAAAAUUAUGAUAAUCGUGAAAGUGAUAAACUGUCAAAUGAAUUGUAUUUUUUCCCAUUUCACCUUGGUAAGGAGAGAAAGUUCCUUUUCUUUCAAAUUUGUGUCUUUUUUUUUUAACUUAGUUGUGGAUUUAAAUUGAUGUACUUGUCUAUGUUUUCCUUUUUGGCCUAUGAAUUAGACAGAGAGCUUGUUGGUACUAUAUACAUGUAUAAUGAUAUCCAUAAUAUUGAAUUUGACAUGUAUGUAAUCAUUAUGUAAGAAAUAAGUGAAAUGUUAGGAGGUGAUAACAUGAAAAUUAACAUGUUUUCAUUGCUUAUAUAUUGUAACAAAGUUAAUAUUACAUGCUUUGUUUCUAGUUUUGGUGGCCUAUGUUCAAGUAGAUUGUACAUGCACCAAAUUGUUAUCACUGCUUGCAGUAGAUGUUAAAAGCACACUCGAAUUUCAUUGUGUACAAUUUUUGUUUUCAAUGUUCCAAGCAUUACCCGACACCAUCUGAAAAUAAGGUGAUGAUCACUAUUAGAAGGUCAUACAGAAAAAGAAUGCUAAAUCAAAGGAGUGGAAGAAAGCAAGCUAUAGGAAAGGGAUGAGCUUAUUAUUCGAGGGAUAGAUCUAGAGAUGUUGCAUAAGAAUUUGUUGGGUCUUCAAGUUGCAAGUACAUGUAGCCACUCAAACAAUAGCUGUACUGUCAUGAAAGUUCAUCUGUGUUGGUAGUUACAUGUUU